AUGAAAUUGCUACUCUUAACUAUUUUAGUGAAUUUAAUGGAAUGCAGAAAUUAUUCUGGAAGUUCUAGUGAUAACGAAAGUGAUAGUGACAGCAUAAUUGGUCCAAUAUUUGCCUUCUUAAUUGGAUUUUCAAUGAUUGUUUCAGCAUUUCCAUGUUUAUGGUUUAAUGAGAGAAGGUAAAUUAGAUAAAGAUGAUUAGAAUGGCUAUUUCUGAGACUAGGUUAUUGAUAGCAAGAAGAAAUUGUAAAUCUGUUAAUGCUGCUGAAAUAGAUCCUCGUAUGGAUAAUUAAUUAAUUCAUGUUAAAGGAAAGUUAACUACAAAUGACGUUAUAGUUGAUUCACAAUUUUAAUUGGAAAUUAAUAAUAGUGUAAAAUUGAGAAGAAAGGUAGAAACAUAUUAAUGGGUUUAAAAAUCAAGAGAAGAAGGAAGUAAAAAGAAUAAAAGAACUGUAUAUUAUUAUGAAAGUGAAUGGUCAUCUAAAACUUAAGGAUCUUAUCCUAAUCAUGAAAAUAGAUUAGAAGAUUUAACAGUUUAAGAUUAAGAAUUAACAGCAGAAAAUGUUUAUUUAGGAGCUUAUAAACUAACAGAUUAUCUAAAAAGCAAGGCAGUUGAUUAUAUUUAAGUUGAAGGUAUUUCAUAGUAAAAUUGUGAAGCUGCAAAAUUAACUUAUCAAAGUAGAACUUAAAAAUUUAUGUAAAUAAUUGAUAUUAAUUUAGACAUUAUGAUGGAAAAUAUAUUUAGUUUAGAAAAUCAGAAAAUUAAUAAUCAAUAGGUGAUUAAAGAGUAUUAUUUGAAAAAGUUUCUUGCAAUUAUGCUGCUAUUGUAGCAAGAUAACAUAAGGAAUCAUUCAAACCAUAUUUAUUUAAUGAUUCAUAUUCUUAGGAAGUAAAUUCAGAUUAUGCUAAACAUCCAGACAUGUUAAAGAGUUUGAAUAGAUUUCAUGAAUUAAGUGAGGAAGAAUAACCACUUAAUUAAAUAGAUCCAUCAAAAGAGGUUUCUUCAAAUAUUUUUAAAUCUUUCGAAGCUCCUUUAAAUUAUAUCAAUUGGUAUUUCAAUAGAAGUUUCAGCUUAGAUUAAUGCUUUGAUGCUUAAUUAAGUAAUUUAGUUGGAAUAGUAUGGUUAUGUAGAUUUGGAGGAUAUUUAUUAUUUGUAUUAAUGUUGAAUUAUAUUCAAGUUAAUUGGAUUUGUCCUAGUAUUUACUCCAAUUACCACUCUAUUAUACUAUAUACCAUUAUUGGGUGGAUUCUUAUCAAAACUGACCGGAAUUUUAUUGGCAAUACUUAGCGGAAUGUUAUCUUUGCCUUUAACUCUAGGAACAAUUGGAAUUGCUUGGCUAUAUUAUAGACCAAUAAAAGGAUUAAUUUAUUCUUCUAUGGCAAUUAUAUCUGGAGUUGCAUGUCAUAGAUUUAUAUUGAGCAAUUGAUUUAUCAAUAAAAUUAUAAUAUAGUAC